CAGGCGCGGGUUAUAGGACACGCAGGACGCUCGCGGGACUGGAGCCCUCGCGCAGCGGGACACGCGGGACCCUCGGCACUGCGCAGGACCCCGCGGGACCCGGAACCUUCCGACAGGGUUAUGGCGGCCGCUCCGGGCGCCCGACUCCUCCGCGCCGCCUGCGCCUCGGUUCCUUUCCGUGGCCUGGACCGCCGUCGGCUGCUGGUGUGCGGGACCCGAGUGGGACCUGCCGUCCCUCAGUGGACCCUGAGCCCCCGCGUGCGUGCAGAGGCCGGACCUGGCCGGCCGCUGAGCGUGUCUGCGCGCUCGCGGAGCAGCUCAGAAGAUAAGGUAACAGUCCACUUCAAGAACCGAGAUGGAGAAACGCUAACGGCCAAGGGGAAAGUUGGUGACUCUCUGCUAGACGUUGUGAUUGAGAAUAGCCUAGAUAUCGAUGGAUUUGGUGCGUGUGAGGGAACUUUGGCUUGCUCUACCUGUCAUCUUAUCUUUGAGGAUCAUAUAUAUGAGAAGUUAGAUGCCAUUACUGAUGAAGAGAAUGACAUGCUUGAUCUGGCUUAUGGACUAACAGACAGGUCACGGUUGGGCUGCCAAAUUUGUCUGACCAAGGCUAUGGACAAUAUGACUGUUCGUGUGCCUGAAGCAGUAGCAGAUGUCCGACAGUCUGUUGACAUGAGCAAGAAUUCUUAAGCUACAAUAAAAAGAAAUAUUUUCAUUAAAUUUUUACCUAUUUUUAUAAUUAUUUCUUAGUACAAUUAAGUGAUUAUAUGACAGAAUAUAUAUCUCAGUAUGAGUAGCUGUGCUGUCUUAAUUCAGUUUUGUAGUACUGAAAGUUUGCAGUUUUUAUUUUGAUUAAAUUAUUAAAAUAUCAGAAGACAGCUGAUAAAAUAAAUUCCUUGUGUAUUUUACCAUGAGUGUGUUUGGUGAUUUUAGCAAAACAUUACUGUGUAAUCUCAUGUCUGCUCUUUUAAAAGGUAAGAGUAUCAUUGGGGCUGGAGAAUUAGAUUAGCAGUUAAGAGAACUGACUGUUCUUCCAGAGGACCCAGUUCACUUCUAAUACCUUUGUGGUGCCUAUAAUGGUCUGUGAUCCCACUUCUGGCCCUGCAUACAUGUGGUCUGUAGACAUACUAAGGGAAACAUUUAUACAUAGGAAAUAAAAAUAAAAUUUCAGGAAAU